GGAGAGAGAACUGGCUAUGGCUGCAGUUACGGAGCCGGAAACCCAGCUGUGUGGCAACUGCAAAAAGGAUAUUCCUGUUGCCAAUUUCACCAUCCAUGAAAUCCACUGCAGCAGAAACAUUGAAGUAUGUUGCUACUGCCGUGAAUCAAUCCCAAAGACUGAAAUGAAAAACCACGUUGAAUCUGAGCACGUGCAAGUUACCUGUAAGUGCAGUAUGAAGAUAGAAAAAAGUCUCUUGGAGGAUCAUGAGGCGUCUGCGUGCCCUCUGCGCCCUGCAGUCUGUCAGCACUGUGACCUCCAGCUCGCAUUCAAUAAGCUCCAUGAGCACGAAAGUUACUGUGGGGCUAGAACGGAGCGGUGCAGCGCGUGCGGGCUAAACGUGAUGGUCAGAGACCUCAAGGAGCACCCCCGAGUCUGUGGGAAAGAGGGGAAGCAAGGAAGAGUUGGCAAAACUGUGCCUCGCUUUGAGCAUGAGGAUGCGGAUUUGCGUUCCCUUCGAGACAUUAAAAACCAGCUAAGAUCAGAUAACUGCGCUGGGCCUCUGUGGAGAAUGCCCAGGAUGCUUGAAAAUCAGCUUUAUGGCAACUCUGUCGGAGACAAAGCACUUAAGGACAUUAGGAGAAGAAAUGUUUCAGGAGGACAAAGAAAUCGGAACCGAGAGGAUGAACUGGAACAACCAUCAAGGAAUAAACCCAGCAUCUCUUCACUUUCCGAAGAGCAGAGCGCCAGUCUGGACUACCUGCUAGCCCUGAGCCUGCAGAACGAGCCCCGUGGCCAGGGCGACAGCGCAGCCGAAACGCACAGCGACUCCUGGAAGAGCUGCCACCCCCACGAGCCCCUGCCCGCCGCCCGCCGCCGCGGCGGGGACAAGACCAACGUCUCUUGUGAUUCUCGAGAGUCCUUUACCACCUCUGACCCCAGAAAAAGCAAUGAGAUCAUGUUGCCGUGUGAAUUCGUGAGGAGCUCUACCCUGCAGAAGAUCUGA